UCUGCGCAGUGAGAGGCAGCUCGGCCGCUAACGGUCGGCGUCGGCCGCCGCCGGCGGGAAGGGGAGGAAGGAAGAUGUCGUCGUUCGUCGCUGAGGUGUUGGCGUCGUCGGGGAAGCUGGAGAAGGAGGAUAUCGGCAUCAAGAUCAGCAAACUGUCGCGCAGGGUGGACGAGGUGAAGGGUGAGGUGUGCGACAUGAUCAACAAGAAGUACGAGGAGUUUAUCCCAAGUUUGAAAAAUGCAGAGGAUUUGGUAUCUCAGGUGGAUGGAAUCUCGAUGGAGAUCGACCUUCUGAAAUCACAGAUUGAAAACGAGGUGCAACGUGACCUCCGAGUUGCUGUGACUGAGUUCAGUGAGUUGAAGCAACAGCUGGAAAAAAGCACACUUUUACUCAGUGUGCUGAGGCAGCUACAGGAGUUUGAUACUGCCCUUGAAAGCAACCACCGAGCUUUGUUAGAAAAGAACUACUCCAAAGCUGCUACUCACCUCAACAAGGCUCAGUGCAGCCUUCAACAGCUCAAAUCAAGGAAGGGCUUUGAGCUGAAGAUCCUGCAGGCAUUGAGCACUGAGCUCAUCAUCCAGAAGGAGAACCUGCUGUAUCAUCUGAACGAGGAGUGGCGGAAGCUGGCUGUCUGGAACCUGCCCCCUUCACCAGCUCCGACAAAGGCGGAUGAUUUACUUGAGUGGACUUUGAAGACCGAGCUGCGCUUGUGUAACAUGACACCGAAGAAAAAGAGUGACCUGGAGCCUCUACUGGUUUCCAUCCUUCAGGCCUUUGCCAUCCUCGGUGAACUGAACAGCAAGUUGAAAUUCUUCAGUCAGAAGCUGCUGAAAUAUAUCCUGAAGCCACUGAUAGUCGAUCCAUUCCUCGAUGUUGAGAUUGAACUUCAGACACACGACGCCAUUUUGCGCUUCAGUGCAAUGAAAAGCAAGUCAAAUCACACAACGCCGGUUGAGGUUUACCGCAAGAUGGUUGUUGUCAUGGGCUUUCUCCAUCAACAUCUGCUAAAUGCGCCUGUUGGGGAUUCUGUGGACUUUAAUCCAAAGCAGGAUGUAAUCCUGGCAGAGAUGCUGGGUGCCAUGAUCUGGAAGGAUUUAUCCGAAAGCAUUAUUAAGAACUGUUUAGUAAAUUCGAUACCAGCCAACAGCAGCCAACUGGAGCAAUAUGAAGAGGUGAUAAAAGAAACGGAAAGGUUUGAGGACAAACUCAGAGAGUUGCAGGUUUUAAACAGUGAUUCCACUGACCUGCUGGAAUACGCCAGGAACAUAAACACUCACUUUGCCAGCAAAAAAUGCCAAGACGUGAUUGUGACUGCUAGGAUCCUCAUGACGACCGAGAUCCACAACACUGUGAAGAUACCCCUAGAUUCUAAAAUGCCUUUACCAAAACUACCCGCCCCGGCCAGGAAGGCAAAAGUGCCGAAAGUGACCAGCCCGGCUGCCCAAGAUAUAGUGAGUUUAGGGAACGAGAAGCAGCUCGGUUACCGCUCGCUGUGCCUGCCUGCCUGCCGCAUUAGCGAAUCUGUCCAGAACCUGAUCGAGUUGGCCUACCAAACCCUGUCAGAAGCCACGGAUGCAACCAAUGAGUGUGCUGUUCAGCUGUUCUACACAGUGCGAAACAUUUUCCACUUAUUCUAUGAUGUGGUCCCCACCUAUCACAAGGAGAACCUGCAGAAGUUGCCCCAGCUGGCAGCCAUUCACCACAACAACUGCAUGUAUAUAGCCCAUCAGCUGAUCACCAUGGGACACCAGUUCCGCUAUAGUUUGCCAAGCCCUCUUUGUGACGGAGCAGCUACCUUUGUCGACCUGGUGCCGAGUUUUAGACGCCUAGGGACCGAGUGCUUCUUGGCCCAGCUGCGUUCGCAGAGGGACGAGUUGCUGGAAAGGUUGUCAAAUGCAAGAAACCUUUCCAACCUCGACGAUGAGGAUAAUUACUCGGCUGCGAACAAAGCCGUCAGACAGGUCAUCCAUCAGUUGAAGAGACUGGGCAAAGUUUGGCAAGAUGUACUUCCUGUUAAUAUAUACUGCAAAGCCAUGGGUACUUUACUUAACACGGCAAUUACAGAGAUUGUCAACAAAGUCACAACACUAGAGGACAUUUCCUCAGAAGAUGCCGACCGCCUGUAUUCACUGUGCAGGACCAUGCUGGAGGAAGGACCUCAAAUCUUUCAGCCGCUGUCUGACGAGAGCAAGAGCAAAAACAAGAAGUACCAGGAGGAGGUUCCGGUCUAUGUGCCCAAAUGGCUGAAAUUCAAGGAACUAAUGAUCGUGCUGCAGGCCAGUUUACAAGAGCUGGUGGACAGAUGGACGGACGGGAAAGGUCCACUCGCUGCGGAAUUCUCUCCAAACGAGGCAAAGAGCCUGAUCCGAGCUUUGUUCCAGAACACAGAGCGAAGAGCGGCAGCUUUGGCCAAAAUAAAAUGAACGUUUACAACUCUCUCUCACUGUCUCUCUCACUCUCUCUCUCUCUCUCUCUCACUUUUGCUAUGGAGCCCUAUUUUCUGUGUAAAUAGCGUUCAAUGAGAAGGAAAUGCGUCGAUUAUAUAUUUGGUUUGGAAACCAACACUUAUCUUUUCAAAUUUGUUACAUUUUGAAUGUUUAAAAAGCAACCGAUGUCUAUGCAGACUUUGUGGAUUAUGACAGCAAUACAUAAGAGGUCUCCGUAAGCUUCCGAAGACUGACGAUUGUGUGUUAUUAAAAUAAAAAUGCCUCUUAUUUCACAA